GGUACGGUUGUUUCUGACCCGCCCCUUCCGUGCGUCGCUCACAUAACCACGCCCCUGGAGCGCCUUGGCCGGCACCCGGAAAACGUUGAUGGGGUGAAGCUGUAUCUUGUCGUGUUUCUCUAGCAAUUGUCUCAGGCGCAGAUGGCCACCUAGUGAUUUGUCUGACUCUGUUGGGUCUGGGUCACUUGUUUCCAACUGUUAAGGGCUUGCAGCCCAGUAGACCCGAUACAUUUUUGAAAGUGGAAAAAAAAACCUUCAAAGCAGUAUCUCAUCUUUCCUAGAUGUUUCAUGGAACAAUCACAGAAGAGCUAACCAGUCAUGAAGAAUGGAGUCACUAUAAUGAAAACAUAAGAGAAGAUCAAAAAGAUUUUGUUUUUGUGAAGUUCAAUGGCCUUCAUUUAAAGUCUAUGGAAAAUUUACAAUCUUGCAUCUCUCUUAGAGUAUGCAUCUUCUCAAACAAUUUUCUUACAGAUAUUCAUCCACUUCAAAGUUGUGUAAAAUUAAUCAAACUUGAUCUCCAUGGAAAUCAGAUAAAGAGUCUACCAGAUACCAAAUUUUGGAGUGGAUUGAAGAACCUAAAACUCCUCUAUCUUCAUGACAAUGGGUUUGCAAAGUUAACGAAUAUAUGUGUAUUAUCUGCCUGUCCAAGCCUCAUUGCCCUCACUAUGUUUGAUUGUCCAGUAAGCCUUAAAAAAGGAUAUAGACAUGUUCUUGUUAACAGUAUAUGGCCUCUCAAAGCACUGGAUCAUCAUGUGAUUUCUGAUGAAGAAAUAAUUCAGAACUGGCAUCUUCCUGAAAGAUUCAAAGCAUGUAACCAUAGAUUUUUCUUUAAUUUCUGCCCAGCUUUGAGAAAGGGAACAACCUAUGAAGAGGAAAUUAAUAAUAUUAAAUAUAUUACUUCAAAAAUUAACAAAAUUUUGGCUCAUAAUUCACCAGUUCUGAUUGUUCAAAGAUGGAUUCGUGGUUUUUUAGUUAGAAAGAAUUUGAGGUAUGUUUUGUUUUCUUUACCAUUGAAUAUUGAAAUAAAAAGGUGAAGAAAUAAGUGAUAAAAAGUCAAUUCUCCAAAAAUGUGCAUUUUUGUAUUAUCUUUCAUCAAAAUGACAUGGUGUAUUUGACCUACUCUAAGAAAAAUACCACAGACUCUAUAGUAAUAUAAGAUUUGGCAUAAUCAACAUUUGAUAUUUUUUCUAUUCAAUUUACAUAUAAAUACAAAUGUAAGCCAUGGACUAUAUAAUGGAAUACAAUGAAAAUAGAAAACACAGAACAUAUAUGGAAGAUUUUAUAUUUUAUUUAGAUGUAUAUACAAUUUUGCUGAGACAUCUGCUGCCACAUCAAUCUAUAUUGUCCUUUAUUUAGUUGUCUUUUCCUCUUUUCUUGUUUCUUGCAUUCCUUUGCAGUAGCUAAGCUUUGCAAAUAAAUUAAACCCUUUUGCUAGAAUUUCUCA